GCCGCCCAGGCCUCGCCACGAACCGGCCGCUGAAGAAGAGACAAGAUGAGGGCUCAGCCACUCCCGCUGCCCGGUCACGGAGGGGGCCCCGAGCCAGACGUGGCGCCACCGAAUUCGGCCGAGCCGCCGCCGCUGCUUCCGGCCCCGCCCCGGCAGCCGGGAGUCCCGCCCCGAGGGCGGAACGGGGACCGAGCCGGCGCCGGUGGGCGACGCGGCUGUCGGGUCGGCCAGCGUUCCCUUCCCCGCGAGGCGCUUGUAAUGCGGGGGCAACAGGAGAGAACCGGGAACAAGUCCUGCGCCUGCGACAGCCAGAAAAGCCAUGUUCUGAGUGACCUAUUGCACUGCGUUAUAAAUACACUUGCCUGUGAGGACGCGAUGUUUUUACUUCAUUGCUCGGCGCUGGCCGCGCUCCUCUCUCCCGUCCUCACCCAGGUCGCCGCGCGACGCCCGCGAGGGAAACUACAACUCUCAGCAGCCCGCGAGGCCGCAGGUGGAGCGGUUCCAUUCCCUGAUAUGUGGGGAGGGGAGCGCUCGCCACCCUUCCGGCUCUUCCCCAUCGGUGAAGCGGGAGCGGGCUGUACCACGCGAGCAGCGCCCCCCGGCGCGGAGCGUGGGCGGAGCCCUGAGGGCAGCGCGGGAGCGGCGGCGCCGGGCGGGGAUGGAGCGCUGCGAUCUGGGCGAGCGGCGGCGCGGGCCCAUCUGGACCCGCAGGGCGGGGGCGGCCGGACCGCGGGGAAUCGCUGCGGUUGGAAGGGGCCUCUGGAAAUCAUCCAGUCCAGCCCCGCUGCCAAGGCAGGGUCACCUAGAGCAGCUUACAUAGGAGUCCAGGUGGGCUUGGAAUGUCUCCAGAGAGGGACACUCCACGACCUCCGUGGGCAGCCUGUUUGGUGCCCUGCCAUCCUCAGCCUCAAGUUCUGCCUCCUGUUGAGAGUUAUAGUGAACAUCAUUCACAGUGUCCAAGGGUACCAUUCAAAGACAAUACAUUUUCUGAAUGUGGCUUUUGACAGUUCUGGGGAUUCUCUCCUCGCUGGAGACCGCCAAGGGAAUAUAUAUGUUUUUGACUUGAAUGCGAACAGGUUCAACCUUGUUCAGAGAACAAUGCAGGCUUGCACUGCUUUGGCAUUUAAUCUUCGCAGAAAGACAGAGUUCCUUGUGGCUUUGGCAGAUUAUUCCGUUAAGUGCUUUGAUACAGGAACCCAGGAGCUAGUUAGUUGGAUGAGAGGCCAUGAAUCUUCUGUGUCUUCCAUCUCUGUCCAUGGCUCGGGCAAGUUUGCCAUCACUACUUCCACUGAUACAGCUCAACUGUGGGACUUGGACACCUUUCAAAGAAUAAGAAAGCUGAAUGUUCGUCAGUCUGUGGGUAUACAAAAGGUUUUUUUUCUUCCAUUGAGUAACACCAUUCUCAGCUGUUUCAAAGAUAAUUCUGUUUUUGCAUGGGAAUUCGAUACUCUUCACUGUAAAUACCAGUUGUCAGCUCCUGUAGAAGGUUCUGUAUUAUUUUAUAAGGUGUUUGCUGUUACCAGGGAUGGUCACACUUUGGUAGCUGGUGGGAAAUCAAAUCAUCUUCACGUAUGGUGUUUGGAAUUAAAGCGGUUGAUGAGAAUAAUCCAGAUGCCUGAGAAAGUGCGAGCUGUCCGUCACCUGGAAUUCCUCCCUGACAGUUUUGAUGGGGGCUCCAAUCAGGUCCUUGGAGUGUUAAGUCAAGAUAAUAUUAUGAGAUUUAUCAAUAUAGAAACAUGCAAACUUCUUUUUGACAUUGGGAGUCCUGAAGAGGGAAUUAGUACAGCAGUGAUUAGCCCAAAUGGACAGUAUAUUGCCUCAGUAAUGGAAAAUGGAAGCCUUAACUUAUACAGUGUCCAAGCUUUGACUCAAGAAGGAAAUAAGCCUCCACCAUUCAUGUUCAAAGUUGUAGAAGAUGGGCCCAAGUACACAUCAGAGACAAAUAAACUGAUCACAAAAGUGACUUCAGGAAGGUCAAAGGGGCCAUGGAAAUCCAAACAAAGCAAAAUUCAAAGCAAAUUGCUAAAACUGCAAGCAAAUACAUCACUUGAAAAUAAAGAGAAUGAAUUGCCAGGUGGAUUAAGCAAGAAACGUCUGCAGGCCUUAUUGAAAGGAUUUGGAGAAUAUCCAGCUAAGUACAGGAUGUUUGUUUGGCGUUCCUUAUUACAACUUCCUGAAAACCACUUGGCAUUCAGUAGCCUGAUAGAUAGGGGAAUCCACAGUGCAUUUGUAAAUAUUCAGAAAGAGUAUCCUAUCAAAAGUGGGAAACUGCUGAGAGUUCUACAGAGGACCUUGUCAGCUCUAGCUCACUGGUCUGCUAUCUUUGCUGAGACACCUUACAUGCCUUUGCUAGCAUUCCCAUUUGUAAAAUUAUUCCAGAACAACCAGCUGAUCUGCUUUGAAGUUGUUGCUACAGUAGUAGUUAAUUUUUGUCAACACUGGUUUGAGUACUUUCCCAAUCCUCCAGUUAAUAUCCUUGGUAUGAUGGAAAAUGUUUUGGCAUAUCAUGACAAAGAACUACUUCAACAUUUAAUAAAAUACAAUGUGACUUCACAGGUUUAUGCUUGGCCUCUCCUAGAAACACUAUUAUCUGAGGUUCUAACAAGAGAAGAGUGGCUGAAAACCUUUGACAAUAUUUUCUCCAGCCAUCCUUCAUACUUUCUAAUGAUUGUCGUUGCCUAUGUUAUAUGUUCCAGAGCUCCCUUGCUCCACUGUAAUCAAGCAGCAGAUUUUGAGUAUUUCUUUCAUCAUCGUAACAACGUGGACAUUAAUGUUGUGAUUAAGGAAGCCUAUCAUCUUAUGGAGGCCACACCACUGGAUAUCCAUCCACAGCAUAUGCUUGAUGACUUCACACCACUUACAAAAGGACAGUACCCUGUGUUUAAUAAAUAUCCCGUGUUCAUUGUGAAUUAUCAAGCUCAGAAAUGGGAGAAGAUCAGACAGGAUGAAAUUGAAUACCUGCGAGAGAGACAAUUAGCACAUGAAUCAGAAGCCAUAGCACAGGAACAGAAAGCAGAAGAUGAAGCCUGGUAUCAAAAGCAGAAAUUACUUCAAGAAGCUGAAGAACAGAGGCAGAAAAUCCUGCUGGAAGAAGAGAAGUUGGCAGAACAGAGGCAGAGGCUUGCUGUUGUGAAAAGAGAACUGAAAAUAAAGGAACUGCAACUUUUAGAUGCUUCAAGAAGGUGUUUUCUGAACUACCAGCAAGAUCAGCUUCAAAUGGAACUGAAACGUCUCAAUGAUGAAAUUGCAAGAAAGCAUCUAAUCAAAGACCAAGAGGCAGUUACAAAGGAAAUAAAAGAAGAGUUGGAAGCCCAUCGAAGAAAGGUGGAUCUGGAAGAUCAACGUGUUCAGAGAUUGAUAGAAACAGAUAAAGAAGAAAUACAGAAAGCUCAUUCAGUGGCUGAAGAAAAUUUAGCCAAAGCUGAGCAGAAGCACACUGACAGUGACUGGAGGCUGCAACGGCAGCGGAGACUCAGGCGUGAUGACCAGGACCGGGAGAAGCGCUACAGAGAGAUUGUCAAGCUCCUGCAUGACAACAGGGUGAAAGAAGCUGAACUGCUGAAGGCCAUGAGGGAGACAGAAAAAGAAAAGCAGGAAGAUGUUGUACAGAAUAAAGCUCAGCUGGAGGAAGAGCAGAAGGCGGCUGCUGCUGUAGAUGGGCACAGGAAGCAGUUCUUAGAUGACAAAAUGAAUGAUGAGUUAGAAUUGGCUGAGAAGCUGCAAAAGGAAGAUGGCCAUUUUGAGAGACUGCACAAUUUAAAGGCCAGGUGUCCAGAGAGAGGGGUAGACGUCCACCAGGUGCCAAGGUCUGGAAACAUCUGUCUUAAUGAUUUGUCUACAUUAGCAUCAUCACCACACAACAGAAGACGAGCAGAACUGGCACGCCAGGAGCGGGAGCUGAUGGCAGAAGUCCGGCAGCUCAGACGAAGGCUCGCCUCACAGGCCAAAGGCAGGCACCCUCCAGCUCGUUUCCCAGCUACAACGUGGUCACCUUGAGAUGAUUUGCUCUGGACCUUAGCUGCACUUUCAAAUUAUUAACCAGUGAAAAGCUAAAUAUGUAUAGUGUGAUUCAGGAUGGAUCAUAGACUUAUUAAAGGCAUUUGGAGAUAUUUUUAUAUAAGAAUAAAAUCCUAGCUAGAAAAUAUGUCUUUUGUUUGUAACCUUCUUGUUAUUUUUUACUUCUAAAAUAAACUCAUUUUUUACCAUUAA